CUGGUGUCCAAAAAUAGUGUAAGUAGAACAAGAAUUUCUAUCUUAAAAUAAGAUUUUAAAACACUAUGUGCAUGCGUGGAUUUCGGGUACCCAUAUGGUGACGCAUGGCCACUCGGCUGUACUUUAAAUGACGCCGUAUGGUGACAUUAGUCUGAUAAAGGUUAAGCUGGAUCCUUGGUGGUUAGUAUAUCUUGCCAGGGAGGGCUAGAGCCCUGGAUCUAGCAGGGACAGGGUUGCCCCUUGUGUGCAUAGAUUAUGAGAUCUGGGAGCAUUGUUUACAGUUACUGCAUAUAUUGCAGAUCAUUUUUCUUUGAGCUUCCACUUGGUUUCUUAGUGUAGCUUCUUUGGGAACAAUCCUUACUCAUUGUUCCUGCUGUACAACCUUUUCCCAAUCUGUGAAAUGUGUUACUGUCCAUGUAAUUUUUUUUUGAGUGGUGUGAGUAAGAACACUGUGGAGAAGGUUGUCUUUGUUGUUUUGUCACUCAGAAAAAAAUAACUACUUCACAUAUUAUCCAGAGAACUAGACAUUGACUUCGAGAAUUGCAAUGCUUUUAUUCUUCUCUAUGCUCUGGUCUACAAUUUACAGUCAUCUCAUAAUCAGUAAAUUAACCUUCAGGUAGUAUGGUGAUAAAUGUUCAUAACCUGUUUUAGUAACUUAUGUGUUAUGAGGAGUUUUCUUGCUUUUCAUAAGUAGCCAAUGUAGUCUUCCACUAUCACAAGCAGGUUCCAGUUACUUUUCUGUUAUCUUUACCAAAAAUAUUUGAAAAGUGGGGGAGGUGCUUGUAGUCUUCCUUAUUCUGUAAUAACUUCUACUUCUGUAUUUUGAAGAAGUUAAACAGUAAGCUGCAGACACUUAUCUUUCUCCAUGAUAUGUUUUAAAGGUAUAAUUUCCUAUUGGUGCUUGCCAUAAAAUAAUCUGUUUAAUCAUGAAGCUGGAAGAUGUCACGAAUAUUCAGCUGUGGUGUGCUUCGUAACGUUUGCAGCUGCAGUAUCUUGUGUCAGGAGUGCAUGGAGUUAACUACAGCAGGCAGCAGCAGCAUCGAGGCAGUGCAGGUGGUCUAUGUAGUACAGCCCACAAGAGGGCAGCUGCCGAGCUGGCGUAGCAGCGGCGUGCAGAGCAGGCCCUGGCAGAUGAGAAUUGUUUUAAAAUUUAUGUGUGCAAGCAUGACUAUAAGUUGACAUUGGAGUUGCUGGACACAGAGAUGGAGGAACCAGAACCGGUAGAAGGGACAGAGAAGUGGUCCUCAUAUGUUGAGCACCAUGCUAAUAGUGGUGUUGAUGGUGUGGCAGGCUCUUAACACUGGUGUAGUGGCUGUUGAGGGAACCGAACAUCAGGACCACUGGAUGGAAACAUCUGCUGAUGAGGCAGAUGAGUUCUGAGGAUGAACGGACAAGUGAAGGUGGAGUGGGUGAAGAGCAUGGCUCAAAUUGUCGACCGAAUAAUGUGACAGGUAAUGGCAUGGCAGUAGUGGCAGCAGACAACACCCAAUGUCGUUUCAAUAUCAGUGCCUACCACAUGGUGUUCAUGGUAAACAGGGAGAACCUCUUGUACAGGCGGCAGGCCCUGCAUCGUGCAAGACAGAUAACGCCACAAAAAGAAGUGGACCAUCAGAUUGACGUGUUUAGUGUGAGGACUCUGGUACUGGCCCGCUUCUUCCAAUUUACUUUUCUUUGGAGACUUGAUAGGCGCUGUGUAACAUGAACAAGAAAAUUAACUGGAACCCUAUCAUGCAUGAACCACACAUGAUUCCAUACUGUGACAUGACAUCACUAGCCAACAGUUGAUAAAAACGUUAACAAUACCUAGUCCAUUUUUAAACAGUUGCUGCAUCGAUCCAGUCAGUAUGGGAAACCAUGUUUUCUGCGCAGUCGAUACUGAAGUUAUAGAAGGAUAACUUGGAGUUAGUUGCAGUUUAGAGGCAACAGUUGGGGCAAUGAGUUAGCUGUCAGAAGUCACCAUCUGGCAAGGACAUGAGGACUGAAGCAUAGGAGUGUCCACUGUUGGGAACCAUAAUCAAGCAACGCCUGGUGAAGACAUACGAGGUCUAAUGUGUGCUGCAGUACAGUGACUUGGAGAAUGUGUAGAUUAGCAAGUGUUAUAAUUACUUGUAGUUACAAGUUAAUGUCAGAUAGGAAGUUUGGAUUGGUUGUGCAUAUUUUUUCAAAUUCCAUGCCUGAUAGAGCCCUUCUGGGAUAGUUAAUGAGUAUAAAGCCUUGACCUCCUUGAAGAAGUUACAGAUACAGUAGCUGUUUAUAUAAUAUUUGCACAUCUUUAUUUUGGGAGACUGUCCUCAGCUGCAUUUCUUGUACUAGUUCUGGUUCCUCUUUCACACAGCAUAACACCCUUUCCUCCAAAUCGAGUACUGACUGAUUGUGGCCUAACUCCACUCUGAGAUGCUGAUGAAUCCUGACACAUAUAUACUCCUUUCCAGGAAUGUGUGGUCAGUGUGCUGUUCUUGAUGGAGAUAGCGUGCUUCUCUUACUUGGCUAAACAAUACAUGUGCAUGCCUGCCAUUUUUGCAUUCAUGUAAUUAUUUGCCGUUUCCACCAAAACAGCACAGUUUGAUUGUUGCACCAGUCCAAUCAUGGAAUGUCUGGUCAAUGCCCUUGCACAAUACAAGAUGCACACUGACUUGUGACUGCC